AUGAAUUGCUCUGCCAGUCCUCUUCUAGAAGAAAUGGCUUCUCUAGAGGAUGCCUACAGCUUUAACUCCAAAAAUAGUUCUUGUAACUCCGAGAACUCUGAAUUAGCAGUCAAAGGUGAGGGUCAAAAUGAUAAGACUGAGGAAACAAACAAGGUCCAGAGAAGGACGGAUAGACAGCAAGACCAGGGCUCUUCAAUGAUCUACGUGAAGGCUAUGCAUGGCAUCCUAGAAAAAUUGAUGCCACAAGGAAAGGAAGAGGCUGCCACUAGUGCAAAACUGAACCCAAGAGAGUGUCCCAAUCCUGGAGAAAGACCACCCAGGGCUGUCACUUUCUCUGCACCUCAGAAAAAGAAAGCAUCAGCUCUAGAGUUCAGAGCACAGAAGGAAAAGUUGGUGAUAGAGAUCAGCAACAGCGGUGACAGGAGAGUAAUUCUAGUUCCUCAGGAAAAGCCUAGUGAGAAGCCACCUGGUGACCAAAAGGCAGUCAUUUCUGAAAAAGGCUCUCCAGCCCUGAAAUUUCUAGAUAAAUGUGACUCUCAUUCAGAAAUCCAAAAGCAUCAAGAAGGAGAUGUGGUGAUUGGGCACCUGUCUUCAGGAAGUGACUGGUCUGAUGUGGGUGCGACUUGCGCAGUCAGAUUCUCUCAGGAGGAGCCAGUCUCACUGAGUCUCUCAGGAGUUCUAAACUCUUCAUCCUUCACCACUAACCGUGACACAUACCAGCCUUGUUGGUACAGUGGUCCUUGGUAUGACUAUGCCAGCUACUGGACCAGCAUUCCCAAGCCUCCUCACUAUCUCUCCAUGGGCGGCAGCGGCAGCAGCAGCAGCAGCGCGUCCCAAGCUGGGAAGAGCAGCUGGAGCUUCUUGAGUGAUUAUUCUUCCAACUCUACAGUGUGCUUCCAAAACUGGGCCGGAGACCUGAAUGCAUCAGAGGAAGGUCAGUCCCAGAAUUUUCAUUCAUUUCUUUCCUCCAGAAGUUCAGAAGGAAAGGUGAAGGAGAAAGCAACAUUCCAAGAGGAGACACCAUCACGUCCUUGGGGAGGACAUGCAUCUAGUUCUCUGCCAAGGAGCCACCAGGAGCAGAGCCUACAGGAGGGUUUCAUUGAUACCCAUUGUCACUUAGACAUGCUCUUUUCCAAGUUAUCUUUCAAAGGGACCUUUACGAAGUUCAGAAAAAUUUAUAGCUACUUUUUCCCUAAGGAAUUUCAGGGCUGUAUCUCUGAUUUCUGUGAUCCUCGGACACUAAGCGAUGGCCUAUGGGAGGAGCUGUUGAAAGACGAUCUGGUUUGGGGGGCCUUUGGCUGUCACCCCCAUUUUGCACGUUACUACAAUAAAGUUCAAGAAAGAAAUCUUAUGCAAGCCUUACGGCACCCCAAGGCUGUAGCAUUUGGAGAAAUGGGCUUGGAUUACUCUUAUAAGUGCACCACACCUAUCCCACAGCAGCACAAGAUAUUUGAGAGACAGCUGCAGCUGGCUGUGUCUCUAAAGAAGCCCUUGGUGAUCCACUGCCGAGACGCUGACAAAGAUCUGCUGGGCAUCAUGAAAACAUUUGUGCCCUCUGACUACAAGAUCCAUAGGCAUUGCUUCACUGGCAGUUACCAAGUCAUCGAGCCAUUUUUGGAAUACUUUCCCAACAUGUCUGUGGGCUUCACAGCAGUCCUGACUUACUCUUCCGCCUGGGGGAUCCGCAGCGCUCUGAAAAAGAUCCCACUGGAGAGAAUCAUUGUGGAAACUGACUCUCCCUACUUCCUCCCUCGCGGGGUUCAUAAAAGCUUUUGCCAGUAUGCCCACCCAGGCCUGGCCCUGUAUACCGUUCGAGAGAUUGCCAGAAUCAAAGAACAGUCACUCUCCCGCACCUUGUCCACCUUGCGUGAGAACACUGGUCGCCUCUACAGUCUUUAAGCAGAGAGGGCAUAGUCAGGAGUCUUCCAGAAAAGGGAGACCAGCAGCCUGACAACAUAGACGUGGUUUGAAUUCUGCCUGUGUCCCAGGUCAAGCGUGUGUUUGGCAAGCCCACUGGGACAAAAAAAAACCCAGGACAGGAUGUUUUUCUCAAAACCUCUUCAUAAGACUUCUGCUUCUGGCUGGUAGAGUGGGAUGCAAUGGGAUGGGA